AGUUAUCAAUUUAUGGUUCUGAAAAUAUGAAAUACGAUAAUCUUUCACCAUUCAGCAAGACUUCCUCAGGUCCAGCGUUGUAUUGUUUGAUCUAUGAGAGGUCAAAUAAAUUACUUAUGUUUUAUAAGUGUUAUUGAGUAGUAUUAACUAUUAACCUACUAACUUUUAAUUGAGUUUUUAAUGUUUUUAUUAAUACGUUUUGAUAAUACAUGAAAUAUUCAAAUAUACGCAGUAACUGUGACUGGAGAACACCGAAAAAAUAUGUAAUAUCAAAUUAUAAAACAUUGUAUUAUCAAGAAUUUCUAUUUCACAUUGAUUUGGAUUAGUUAGAAUCAUAAGGUUCUACAUAAUGGAUGCCAACGAAAUGAAUAUUGCAACUUUUGUUGACUUUUUUGAUUUCGAAUUGCCUGGAAAUGUGUUCAAUAGUGCUAUUGCAUUAGGUGAUGUGGACAAUGACAAUGAAAUAGAACUUGUUAUUGGCAGUGUAGAAGGUGAUUUGUUCAUCUUUAAAGGUCAUAGGCUUAUCCAGAAAAUAUCUGGAUUAGGCAUAAUCACUGCAAUAGCUAUUGGAGACUUAAUGAACUGUGGCAGUAACGCUUUAAUUGUUAUAUCUGGUGAUGGCUGGUGUCAUAUAUAUUUAUGUUUAAAAUUUAGUAAAUUAGAUCCAUCUGAUGAAUGUAUUAUGAAACUUGAACCUGUUCACGAUCAGCGAAUCCCAGCAAACACUAAAGUUAUUUUACUAGGGGAUAUAGAUUCAGAUGGAAUGUUGGAACUAAUUGUUGGUUUAACUGACAGAGUGGUACGCUCCUAUCGUUGGAGUCAGAGUGCAGCUGCUGGACGAUUAGUACCAUUACAUAAAUGGGAAUGUGCUAACCAAAUUGGAUCGAUUAUAUUGAUUAAGGACGUUAAAAAUCGACCAUGUUUACUUGUUUCACAACCUGGUAUCACUGCAAUGCGUUUUUAUUGUCCCAUAGCUUUUCCAGAAUUAAUUGAAAAAACGAUCGAAUAUGAAAAUGAAAAUGAAUUGCCUGUAGAACUACUUAAUCCUUUAAUAUCAUCAGUAAUGAUAGGAGAUCUCAAAGUAGAUAAAGAAUGUGAUCAAGAACUGUUUGAUGAACAUGAUCAUUUAUAUGGAAUUGCUUCUUUAAAUGGCUUAGUAAUGUUGGCAAAAAAAGAGACAAUAUUGUGGAGUAAAAAUAUUGAUCAAGAACUGUUUAUCAUAAGUAAAUUGUCAAUAAAAGACGGUGGCCCAGAUUAUUUAAUAACAUGCUCAUUGAAUGGGGAUACUCUUAUUAUGGAUCAGACAAGUCAACACUCAACAUUUAAGUUUGAAGAAUCUGUUUCUGCUUUUUGUUGUGGAAUGUAUACAGUAAAACCAAAUACAAAAUCUUUGCCUAGUUUUGUGUUUAUAACUAAUUCACAGAAGGUUUAUAUUUAUUAUGGUUUGAAAUUACCUAAUACAUGUGUCCAGAGCUUAUCAAAAUGUAUUGAAAAUGAUAAUCACCUUUCAACAUUUAUGGAAAAGUAUGAAGGUUCAUUAAAAAAACAGAUUAUUAGAGACUGUCUUUAUAAAUGUAAUCCUAAUAAAAAAUAAUUAAUUUUUUUCUCAAUAAUAUAUAUUUUGUUAUUAUACCAUA